AUGUCCACGGAACCCGACCACAAUCCCAUCGCCCAAGAACAAGAUGCCGGCAUCGACACCGAAACACGCGCGGAAGAUGCGUUGAAGGGCCGGCGUGUUUCUGCCGGGACUCGUCGGUCGCGUCGAAAGAAGGACGACGACAACAACACGACCGAACCGGAGGAUAAAAAGAAAGAGACCAAGCCCAGGAAUAACCGCCGAAAAUCCAAUCCGGCGUCCACAGCGAAUAAUACCACGUCGUCUCGGAAAAAACCCAAACUGGAGAAUAACGAUGCAGCCACAUUGCCUCCCCCAUAUCAGCCUCCACAACAACAGCAUCAACAUGCACAACAAUCACAACAAUCACAACAACAGCAGCAGCAGCAGCAACAACCUCCUCCGCCACAACCUCCGGCCUUCCACCACUCGUAUCCCAAUAACCACCACACUCCUUCUCACAUUCCUUCCUCGUAUCCUCUAACCCAUUCAUUACCGCCCUCCCGUCCACAAUCUCAACCGCCUCCGCCGCCGCCCUCAGUUCCGCAGAGAACGAGUGGUCAGAACUACGAUCCCAUCCGAUCGGCCUUGGAUGACACCGCGUCUCCCGCCCCGACCCCGUCCGCCGCCAGUCCUCCCACUCGCAGUGCUUUUCGCGCCAGUGCAUCGCCGGCCAUUGCUAGUAUCAUUGAUCAUCCCACUGCAACAAGUAACUCUCAACCUAUUUACUCGCCUGUUCCUCGUCGUGCUUCUCCUCAUGUUCACUCGAAUCUUUCCUCUCCCGCCCAUCCCAAGGCCCCGACGCCUUCUCAUCCCUCCCUAGCUCCCUCGCCCUUGCCGUCUUCGUCCUCCCCGUCGCAUCCUCAUGGAUCCCUACUUACUCCUCACCACUCGCUGCCGCCUGCUUUACAACCACUGCAAGCUUCACAUUCCUACGCUCAUCAAUCUCCGUAUCCUCCUGCACAGCAAUCGCAGCAGCAGCAACCUCGUUAUGAAGACCAGAAGCCUCCCCAACCAGAAUCAGCACGACCGGUAGCCCAAAGUGAACAACAAGCACAAGCGCAAGUCGCAAUGGAUGUGGACCAACCGGAGCCCGCUGUUUCUCAGCCCACAAAGACGACCAAGAAGGAGAAAGAGAAGGAAAAAGAAACCCCGAAAGAAAGAAAAGAAACCUCCUCCAAACCUCCCUCGCCCAAGACUGGUCGCGCUGCCAAAGACAAAGAUGCUCCGUCCAAGCUGCCCCAAGGAUCGGGAUUGAUCUCGAAUGCCCUGUUUGGGGGCGGUGACAAUACAGAUUCAUCAGACACCCCCACCACGCCUAGCAUUAUUCUACAUGUUCCCUUGAACGGCACUACCAAUCGAAUCAUCAAUUUCGCACGUUUGGCCGAGGAACAAUACGGGUUUGCUGCUCUACAUCCACGAUUGGCUGCUCACAAGGAGCAACUGGCGCGUGUGGCUGCCGCAGGUGCCAUGUUGGAGCGGAACGAGAAAAGCGCCAAGGGUCUACUGUCCGCCGGUGAGAGCGCCGACGAGGAUCUGAGUUUGGACAUGGAGCGCGACAGUGACCUCGACGGUGAUGUUACCAUGUCUGGCGCAGCCAAUGUCAACGGUGCAGCGGCCGCAGAUGGAGCGGAGGGGAAGAAGAAGCGCCGCAAGAAGAUUGAAGACUACGAUCGGGAUGAUCCCUUCGUCGACGAUACUGAAAUGGCCUGGCAAGAGCAUGCUGCUGCGAGUAAGGAUGGAUACUUUGUGUAUAGUGGACCUUUGGUGCCGGAGGGUGAAAAGGUGCAAGUCGAACGGGCCGACGGAACUAUCAAACGCGGCCGUGGCCGUGGACGUGGAGGUCGCAGUCGUGCAGCACCAGCUACCAGCCAUCAAGUCCCUCUGGCGGCUGCCGUACCUAUUUCCCAGGAAACCGGGUUGCCCCUUCGUGGUCCAGGAUCGCGUGGCGGCAGCACUACCCGUCGUCCUCGUGUCAGCAAGGCUGCGCGCCAGCAGAUGGAGGCGGAAAAGGAGAAGCAAGGCAACCACAUCUCGCCUGUCUCGAAUGGACGCGGCGGUGGAACGGCUGGUCGUGGAGGUGGGCCUGGAAGUCGUGGAGGCAAAACUCCAUCGGCGGCUAGCGCCAGCAAUGGCGGCAGCAACAGCAACAUGAAUAACUCAACACCCCAGCCGAACGUUGGUCCAGCACCGCCGGGGCCGAGUCCUUUGUCGGGGCCGGAAUUGGUAAUGAAGUGA